AUGAUUCCAGUUAACUCAGUUGAAAAACAACAGACCCGGAUAUGCAUGAACUGUCUCAUAUUUUCACAGUUAAACCCAUAUAACAUGUCUGAUACUAGUGAUUUGGAUCGUCAAAUAGAACAAUUGAAAAGAUGCGAGAUAAUAAUGGAGGCUGAGGUUAAAGCACUCUGCGCGAAAGCCCGUGAGAUCCUUGUAGAGGAAAGUAAUGUACAACGGGUUGAUUCUCCAGUAACGGUUUGUGGUGAUAUUCAUGGGCAGUUUUAUGAUCUGAAAGAACUGUUUAAAGUGGGUGGUGAUGUACCUGAGACAAAUUAUCUGUUCAUGGGUGAUUUUGUUGAUAGAGGAUUUUAUUCUGUGGAAACAUUUUUACUACUAUUAGCUUUAAAGGUUCGUUAUCCAGACCGUAUCACACUAAUCCGGGGCAAUCACGAAUCCCGUCAGAUCACUCAAGUGUAUGGUUUUUACGAUGAAUGCCUGAGAAAAUAUGGAUCGAUAACAGUGUGGAGGUACUGCACAGAGAUUUUUGAUUAUCUUUCCCUCUCUGCCAUUAUUGAUGGUCGGAUAUUCUGUGUUCAUGGUGGUCUGAGCCCAUCAAUACAGACUCUUGAUCAAAUACGCACAAUUGACCGCAAACAAGAAGUUCCUCAUGAUGGACCUAUGUGUGAUUUACUGUGGAGUGACCCUGAAGAUACUCAAGGCUGGGGCGUUUCACCACGUGGAGCGGGCUACCUCUUUGGCUCGGAUGUUGUUGCCCAAUUUAAUGUAUCCAAUGAUAUUGACAUGAUAUGCCGCGCCCACCAACUUGUCAUGGAAGGCUACAAAUGGCACUUUAAUGAAACUGUAUUAACUGUAUGGUCGGCACCCAACUAUUGCUACAGAUGUGGCAAUGUGGCAGCAAUUUUAGAACUAAAUGAAAAUCUUCAGCGUGAGUUUACCAUAUUUGAAGCUGCACCCCAGGAAUCUAGAGGUGUACCUUCAAAGAAGCCUCAAGCAGACUACUUCUUA